AUGGUCUCCUUCCGCACCCUCACUGCUGCCGCUGCCUUCCUGGCUCCCGCUCUUGCCGUCGGCCUCACCCCCGCCGAGCUCGUCUCGAGCAUCCAGGCCCUCACCCAGAAGGCGGGCAGCAUCAAGACCGUCAAUGCCGAGGGCGUGACCAAGACCGUGACCGACACCGCCGGCACCCUCCUCGGCAGCGUCACCCACUUCAACGGCGACAUCACCGACCUGACCCACAAGGUCACCGCGAUGGCCCCCAUCCCGGCCGGUGUCGACGCUGACAACGUGUUUGACGCCUACGAGGAGUUCUUGGGCGCGGCGGGCCCGGUCGUCACCCUCGUCCAGAGCACCCUCGGGGAGCUUCUCGGCGGUGUCCUCGGCCUCCGUGAGGUCGGCGAUGUCGUUGACACUGCCUCCAACACCAUCGGCCCUCUGCUCACGCCUGCCCUCCGGGUCACCCAUAUCAACAUCAAUGGCCUGGGCGCUGCCAUCGUCACUGUUGUGAACUCGCACGCCACGGAUAUCCAUACUGAGACCAACAACCUCCUGACCACCAUUGACGGGGUGCUUAAGACCGUCGAGGGUGCCGCCGGUGCCAACUAA